GGGUGUUUCCUUUUCCAUCCGUCUCUCAACGAUUACCGUGUGCCCUCGAAAUUUGUGGAGUGCACGCCAUCUUGCGUUCUCGAAGUCAGCGUUGAACAGCCCACAUGGAUGUGCUUUACAAUUUCUCAGCAGGACAGACGUGGACGCCAAGAUGCCAUUGAGUACCAGCCUGUAAUGUUGAGCAUUGCGCAACCCUUGGAAAAAGGGCUCUAUAAGGUUGUUCAAAACAGCUCUGCUGAUGCAUACAGUCCAAGUUGCGACAAGUGGAUUUUUUUGCAGGCUCGUGACGUCAGUCUGAUACACAAGUUCCUACCGGAACACUCGCCAUACCUCGUCAUACCUCGUCUCAUGUCAAUGACCGGGCAGGAGGGGGAAGUACCAUACGCGCUGGGAUUUUCUUGCAACAGGGUUGUUGGACACGAUGGCGUGACCGUCCAAUUCAAAGCUCUUGACAAGGAGAAUAAAGUGAUGCACAACUUUCCCAAAUUUGAUCCUGAGGCCACACCUGUCGUGGUGGACUACCAAGUAAAGUCACCCCACAAGGGGUACCCAGAGAUGAAGCAGGGCCAGACGGUGUAUUAA